CCCAAUAGCACAAAACAAUGUGGCUCGGGAUGCGUCAACACUCAAAACGACAACCAAAACUGCGGGUCCUGCGGGAUCAUAUGUGCUUGGGGUGCGUCAUGCAGCGACAGCACGUGCAAGUGUCCACCCGGCACGAGCGUGUGCGAUAGCCGCAUCGUUGCGCCGCCCGGGUGGUGGCGGGGCGCGUGCCAAGACCUCAUGAGCGACAGAUUCAACUGCGGCGGGUGUGGCAAGGUCUGUGGGUCCGGCACGUCGUGCAAGAACGGGAUGUGUGUGGGCGAUAAUGGGUGUAAACAAGAUGCUGUCAGGUGCAAGGGGGUCUGCGCAGACCUCCAGACUAGCGAACGCCACUGCGGCUCGUGCGGCAACUCGUGCUACGGCGUUACCGAGAACCCGGUGACGUGCGAGGCCGGCGCGUGCAAAUGCAACUUCGGUGAGGUAUGCUGGGGGAGCUACUGCCCCGACUUUAACAACGACAAAUGGUACUGCGGCGGCUGCAGCACUUCUUGCUCCGACAACGAGAUCUGCUCGGGGGGCAAGUGCGUGGGGUGCCCUUCCGGCCAGGAUGGAUGCUAUGUCCCCGAGAGCAACAGAUACGAGUGCCGCGACAUUAUGUCGGACCCGAAGCGCUGCGGCACGUGCUGGACCCAGUGCCCCGAGGGGGUGGCAUGCGUCAACGGCGCCUGUGACUGCCCUGCCGGCAAGGUAUGGUGCCCCAACAUGUGGGACUGCAUCGACGUCCAGAACGACGCCAACAACUGUGGCGCGUGCAGCAAUUAUUGCGAGAGCGGCCCGUGCCGCAACGGCAAGUGCGUGGGGUGCGACGGUGGACAGACAUGGUGCGGCUCGUGGUUGGGGUGCGUCAAUACGCAAAACGACAACAACAACUGCGGCCAGUGCUGGAACUACUGCACUACCGGCUCCAACUGCGUCAAUGGCGAGUGCUCGGGCGGCAAUACUGGAUGCCCCCCCGGCCAGAUCAAGUGCAACUGGUGGGACCAGGAUUGCGUCAACACGGCCAACGACAACCAGAACUGCGGUUCUUGCGGCGUUCAGUGCGACGUCGGUAAAAACUGUGUUAAUGGCUCCUGUGUCUAG